GGGCUCGGCAGCGCUGGCUCCAUGGCGCGGGGGUGGCUGGGCAGCGCGGUCAGCACCUUGCCGGGCGAGAAGGCUGGGCAGGAUGGGACCGCUGGCGAAGACGAAGCAGCCCGUGGACUGGGCAGCCUGGUUUUAAAUGCGGGGAAAGCAGCCAGCGCCCGUCCUCUGGAGCAGGGGAGCGGGGAGAGCGGGAAGGAUGAGAUUUGCUGUGAUUCCUGCUUGGCCGAGGAGGUCCAGGUGGUGAAGCCGUGCCUUAGCCGCGUGCUGAAUUACGACGUCGAGCAUCUGCAGCUGCACCUGGGGAACGGCCAGCUGCAGGGGCACGGGCUGGCCGGCCCCGCACGGGCUGCAGCGCAGCAGAGCCGUACUGCCCACGGCGGCCACCUGCGCUGGUUCUGCAGGAUGGACCUGGCCUGCGUCUGCACUGAGAUGCCAUCAGGAAGGAAAAAGAGGUGCCUGUCGGCUCCGGGGCUGCUGGGAUACGGCGAUGGGGAUGAACUUCUUCAGAUGCAAAUGGAGUACGACCAGAAGCUGAAGUCUGAUGAGGAUGCAAUUCUCAAGCUCCAGAACAACACCCAGUCCAUCAUGCUUGUGUCUGCCACGGAAGUGAAGAGCCUUGCGGAGGGGCAGUCUGGGCUGCUGCUGGAAGCGGUCAGAUCAGCCCAGCUGGAGGUAGUGGCAUUUCUGGAGGAGGAGGAGCACGUGGCUGUGAACCACGUCAAUGGGAUAAGGAUGCACUUAGAGGACAAGGGAACCCUCAUGAAGGAGAAUAAACUCAAACCGGAGAAAAUGGCUGCUCUCACCAACAACUGCCUCUUCUUAAAGGAAUACUGUGAAUUCAGGAAGAACUCCAGGUUGGAUGCACUCCCCAGUGUUUAUACCGGACUGAAGGACAAACUGUCUGGAAUCAGAAGGCUUGUCUUGGCAUCAACAGGUCACUUACCGCAGCUUCUCCAAACUUUGUAUAAAGAAAAACCACAGGAUUUCACAAAGGAAGAUGAGUACGGGAUCAAAACGAUGGUGUCCGCAAUUGUACCACCCACCCACCGCAUAUCUGCUCCGGAGUCAAAGCCAAGGAGUGAUUUUCUCAAGUACAUGUGCCUCUUAACAUUUGAUCCAGACACAGCUCACAGAUAUCUCUGACUCCUGGAAGACAACCACAAAGUGACCAGCACGACUCCCUGGGAACAGCCUUACUUGGAUCAUCCAGAAAGAUUUGGACAUUGGCGCCAAGUGUUGUCUGACAAGAGUUUGUACUUUGGCCGUUACUAUUUUGAGGUUGAGAUAUCUGGGCCUGGCAUUUACCUUGGUAUGACAUACAAAAACAUUGACCAGAAGGGUUCAGAAAGCAGCAGCUGCAUCUCAGGGAAUGACUUCUCCUGGAGCAUAAUGUGGAAUGGGAAAGGGUUCUCUGCAUGGAACAGUGAUGUGGAGACACCCCUCGCAACUGAUGUGUUUAAUAGGAUAGGAAUCUGCCUGAACUAUCCCUGCAGGACCUUGAGCUUUUAUGGGGUCAUCUCUGAUGACAUGACCUUGAUACACCAGUUUGAGUGUGAAUUUGCUGAGCUGCUCUACCCUGCCUUUUGGCUUUCAAAGAAAGAAAACUAUGUCAGGAUAAUCAGGCUGGGGGAAGAUGCUGAGAAGACUCUGGCUUCUUUGCCUCCCUCUGGGGAAGCUGCCCCUUCAAAAGCGUCUGAGUCAGAAGAACUAGCCAGUGCUUAGGUUAUGGUGUGAUGCUAAUGCUGUUACUGCAGGUAGCUGCGACAAAAAAGGGAGACAAGUUUCAAUGAAGAUUCUUAUAAUCAAAUGUGGUUCUGAGCAUCCCAUAUCUUAGAGAUGGAGAAGACUUGAGAGUUCAUGUAGUUGCUUGUCCAGGGGUCGGUGCAGAUUGUUCCCGAAGUAUGCUCCUGAAUAAUCUGUUUGGUAUGAGUUAAAGGCCUUUUUUUGGUAUGAGUUAAAGGCCUUUCACCCUCAGUGAGGGUGUUGUGCCACUGCCCUGAGACUUGAUUUUGGUCUUACAAUGCUGCUGUGAACAGGCAGACUGAAGCCAGGAAGACAAAGGCUGUGCUGCCAUUUUCCCUGCUGUCUCUGGAUAAAUGGUCUCAGCCCCCAAGGACCAGCUCAGUCCUUAGCUGGUUUCAGGAUCAGGGUCGCAGCAUUGAGGUGGUGUAAGAUCCCUUUAGGUCCUCCCCCUCCCAGGUCUGUGCUGAGGGCAAAUAGCAACAGGUAGGGCUGAUGCGUGGCAAUAGUGUUAGGUGUGGGGGAGCCUGUUCGGGUUCCUGUGUCUCCAGGAACAGCCAAAAAGCUUGUUUCUUCUCCAAAGGUAACUGGGAAGCAGGUAGAAACAGAUCGUUGUGAGCAGGGAGCAGCAGAGGCUGCAAAACUGUAAAAACACAAGGCUGAGAGCAUGCCUUGCUUCUGUGCUGGGCAGAGGAAUGAAUGGCUGAGAAGAGGAGCAUGCAGCAGAGCUUGGAGCCCCACAGGAGGGUGCUCUCAGCCUGUAGCUUGCUCCUGCUGCCUUCCCCGGGAAGAGGAGAAAGGACUGGAGGAAACCCUGCUCCCUCCUCGCUUUGCAAGUGGUAGCUGAGGCAGGGCCCUGCAGGCUGGGGCUUCCGGCUGGGCAGUCAGUAGCGACAGGGAGGUUGCCCACAUAUCGCUGGCACUCAUCAGCCUGCCCUUCCCCGUGCCCUGGCCUCUGGCAUUGCUGCCGUCCCUCCCACCACCGCCUGGCUCUCACUGUGCUGCCUGUGGGACAUGCAUUCUGCAGCGGUCCCUUGCUAAAAGCAGGCGACCUAGGGGUGCUCUCCCGUUGGGUGAUGUCUUGCCUGCCCCAGCAUCCCUGCCCCCAGCCAUCUCUCACCUUCGCCUUAACAAGUCACUGUGGAGCGAAGCUCGUGGAGCCCCACGGAAGCAGAGAGGAUGGCUGCAAGAGGGUCCUGUUGCCUGCUAAUUUAGGUGUGCAUUCUGCGAACUGAGCUGUGCAAAGCCCCUUGCUGCCAGGACCAGAAAAAGAGUAGGUGGGGAGCACUGGGAAGCACACUCUGCUGCUCUUUCAGCAGGAUGGGGCAGGCCACAGCAGACAGGUCUGUGGAGCUACAGGGACUUCAGUGCACAGCUGAAGGAGGAUUCCACCCUCCAGAAGCCAGCAGAGGGAGAGAAGCUAUUACAAAGUGCUUUGCAGAGGAGGUCAGUCCAUCAUCGUCCUCAUACUACAAGUGGAGAAACUGAGGCAGUGUGUGGGGAAACCAUUUGUCAGUGGUCACCUAGCAGAGAAGUGCAAAGCUGGGAAUAGCAACCAGCUCUCAGGGAGCCUGGGCAGUGCUGUACGCAGUACAGCGUUAGAAAAACAGAAGGGACAAGGUGAGGGGGGAGAAAACAGAAAGGGACAGAGGGAUGGGAGUCUGCGCAUGGUUCUUCUGCUGCUCACCAAAAGCUAGGCGAAAAGUCAAGCUCUGGCAAUCCCAGGGAUGGGGGUUAAGCAUUGCCUCUCAUCCCUCUGCAGGCUGAAGUUUCCUCUCCCACUGCAGCACUCUGCACCCCCACCUGCAACAUCCCCAGCUGUAUCCCUGCCUGGGCUUGUCCUGCCAGAGAUAGGGUUUCUUACAGGAGAGACGGGGUUCCAGUUCCACCAUGCCAUGGACGGGAAGGAGGAACAGCCACAGCGCUUGCUCCUCUCGGGCUGUUACAGAGGUGUGCCCAGCCAUGAAUUCAACUCCCAAGUCUGGUUGCAACCACAACUGAUGUAUAUCUGGGCUCAGUCCUGCUCCCCCCUUCAUCUUGGGGCACAAACCAACCAAAAUCUGCUUCCUUACUCCCAUGGCAGCACCAGCGUGGCAGGUGACCCCAGUGCUGCAGCUAUAGCUUACACUGGGAGAAACCUCCACCCAAAGCUGGCUCUGGCUGCUCUGCUCAGCUCUCAUUUUAUCUUGGCAGCUCCUGCCUGGGAGUUGCACAUUUUAUUCCCAGAAUGCCAAGCUGCUCCAUCCCUCGGGUGCAUUCAGGGAUUGGCAUGCAAAUAAGCCCGUCGCUGCAUCAGACUGUGAUAAUUAAAAGUGAAGUUGUAAAACAAGCAGCAUCAAUUUUGGUGUACGUCCUCAGCAACACAUGGUGAUUGGACUGAGUUGGGAGGCAUUUCCAGCUAAACAGCAAACUCUAAAUAGCCUGCAGAGAAUAUAUGAGAAUUUAGCUUGUGCAGCAAUUUGAGAUGUCAAAACAAGUUUCCUUGUUAAUAUAAAACUAUUUGGACUUUGCAUUUUUAAUUAAAGCUUUUAAUUAUACAACUGUA